GAUGGUCGCGGCCCGGCGCGGCACGGCCCGUGCACAAGAUGGCGCUGGACUUCGCGGCCACCUACAAGGUGCUCGUGCUGGGCGACUCCAAUGUCGGCAAGACGUGCAUCGUGCACCGCUACUGCGACGAGCGCUACUACGACACCUACAUCUCCACCAUAGGCAUUGACUUCAAGCAGAAGAUCAUCAAUUUGGAUGGAACACCUGUGAAACUCCAGAUAUGGGACACAGCGGGGCAGGAGCGCUUCCGCACACUCACCACGGCCUACUACCGCGGCGCCAUGGGCAUCCUGCUCAUGUAUGACGUCACGAGCCUCGACUCCUUCAACCACCUGUCCUACUGGCUCAGGAACAUACAGGAGAACGCGGCGCCCGACGUGGUCAAGGUGCUGGCGGGAAACAAGUGCGACGUGGUGGAACAGCGCGCCGUGGACAAGGAGAGGGGGGACAAGAUCGCUGACAACUUUGACAUGCCGUUCUUCGAGGUGUCGUGCAAGAACAACGUGAACAUCGAGGAGGCGUUCCUGACGCUCGCCAGGCGGAUACGCGACCAGAGGAACCGGCGGGCCAGCCUGUUCGACAGCGCGGAGCGGUCAGCCGAGGCGGUGGAUCUGAGCAAGGAGGUGGAGUCUGCAGACGGGGCGUGGCGCUGCGCCUGCUAGCCAGUCAGCGGCCCCGGCUGAGCCCCAGGCCCGCCCCCGCACCGGCCCUACUUGUCAGCUGGUCGAGCUUCCUCCCUGCCGCCUACAUACCCCGUCAUCGCACACCAUUAGCCUGGCGACGAGCUAAACUGCACACACUUGUGUUAUUGCCGCGUGUACAGCUGUCCUGACCCGCAACAUAUAUACCGGCAGCAACUGAACGGUCGAGAUCACAUUCAGGCCCUUGGGAGCUUACACAUUCAUCUGUAUCCGAAUACACUCAGCAUGCACAUCCAUGCAUCCCUUAGCAUGUGCGCCCACAAUGUAAUGGACGCAAUUCUAAUGGAUGAAUAGUAUCAGAAUACUUUUAAUGCUAGCACCACCUGUUGAUAGUUGGUCGUAGGUACUUAUGUGCACGUAGCCAUUUCGAGUCGCGAUAUCUACGAAUUUUCAGCAAAACGUAAAUAACAACAACAAAUUUAAAUGUCGGAUGUUAUAAAUUUUAGUGAUCAAAAUAAAAAAAUAAGUUUUAAAGAUUUUCAAAAUUUUAAAAACCCUUAAAAAGUCCAUUAAACAACCUUAUAAGUUUAAAUUCUCCUUUCGGUUAUUUGUUUUAACGUUUUUAUUUGUCUCUAUUUGAGUUAUUACUUACACUUAUAUCGUUUUAACCAAAUAUUAUGCCAAAAAAACUGAAGUAAUAUUACAUACAAACAAAAUAAAACACGAUUCCGAAGCUAAUGGACGUUGGGACGCAUCAGUUGAUGCGAGUGUCGCAUCUCUAGAAAUCUCAAAUUUAGUGAACGCGUGUAGGGAUGAAUCGGCAUUCCUUGUGAGAAUUCGGAAGCGACGCAAAGAUGGCCGCGUCACUAAGAUCCCUUAGCUAAAGCUGGACUCACAAUGAUCCGUCGCGUCCGUCGGUUAUCUGUCCAUCCGUCAACAAGCCGAGUAGUUCACAAUAAUCUGUACGUCCGUCAUAAAAUUUAUUUUUCCCCUUGGAUGCCGCCUACAACUAUUAAGGCUUAUAUUUUCGAGGAAAUUUCUCUUGUAAAGAUUUACCAGUUUGUCGACCAUGUGCGCUAAGAAUUUAUAUUAUAAAUGAUUAAACAAACUCUAAAAAAUUAUGUAUUUUUGGGUUACCGUGCAUUAUUAAUUACUUUUGUGUCUCAGACAACUGUUGUUCAUAUCAAACUCAAAACGUGUUCAUAGGCAAGUUAAGAAAAUAAUACGGAAGCAGCUUAACAAAGAAACAAACUAAAAAAAAAUUAAAAUAAAGAUAAUACCUUUCAGACAUUUUUGAGGUUAUAAUUUCAUCCGUCCGUCGAAAGUUAUAGCUUGGCAAGGUUCUUACGGACAGACAGACAGACGGAUGGAAUAUUUCGGGCCAUCUGAUUGGCUGAAUGCCUCGUGAUUGACGGAUGGAUGAGACGGAUCAUUGCGAGUCCAGCUUUAGGGAUCCAUCAGGCUAGUAUUCGGAUGCAGCUACUGUGUUAUUAUGAGCGCAGCAGCCAACGAACAAAUUAUCACUUUCGGAAAACACACGGCAGCAUGUCAUUGAGGCACGGUGAGUCCGUGUGUUGGAUGGAGCGCCCCUGUCGCCGAGGCCUGACACUCGGAGCCCUCUAGGCUG